AUGCUUUCCCGCACGCUGUUGCCCCCGCAGGCGCAGCGGCAGCAAGAGCCCGGAGAGCCGGAGCGGCGGGAGCCGCAGCACGAGCAGGACGACCGCGGUCGCGAGCGAGAGCGAGAGCGCGAGCGCGGCGGCGCCCGGGACGCGCCCCCGCCGCGAGACGGCGGCGCCGGCGCCGCAGACGGCGCGCGGCCGCGGGGGCGCGGGGUGGCGCAGCUGCAUGUUGAGGGGGAUGGGGACGCCAAGUACUACAGAGACCCCCGGGACGUGGGCGCCGCGAUCGCGCGGGAGCGGCGGCAGGAGGCUGGGGGCGGCGGCGGCGCCGAGGGCGGCCGGGAGCGGCGGCAGGAGGCUGGGGGCGGCGGCGGCGCCGAGGGCGGCCGCGAGGGCGCGGAGGCAAACGGCGAGGCCGCUGCCGCAGCGGCCCCGGAGGCGCCGCAGCGCGAGCGCAAGGCGCCUGUCGCGACCAAGGCGGGUGGCGCGUACAUCCCGCCGUUCAAGCUGGCGCGCAUGAUGGCGGAGCUGGACGACAAGGCGGGGGCGCAGGCGCAGCGCCUGGCGUGGGAGGCGCUCAAGAAGAGCAUCAACGGCCUCAUCAACAAGGUGGGUGAUUUUUUUCGCGUGUUUGGGGUGUGUGGGGAGGAGUAA